GGUGGUGAUUUCUCCAGCAAAAGAAAGGAGAAGGGACAAGUCUGCAGUUUGGUCUUCAGAUCUGGGAACAAAUUCAGCUCUGUUGUAAGCAAUAAAUGGGAGUUGUGCCUGUAUCUGUUUGGCUCUGUCUCUACUGCAACAAGAAGCAGCAUGGAGAAGAAGUUGGCAUGGAUUGCUGUUGGUUUUAUUGGCCCAUCCUCUGACUGAUCAGACUUGGAACUCUUCGAUCCCUCUGGUAUUCUCCAGAUCGUAAUGGACAGUUGAGUUAGACUCCGGCUAUGGCAAAGGCUUUGAAGCUGUGCUACUUUAUGUGAUGAAGACCUAAGUAGUAAUUAAAUUCCUGAAGAACUGCCAAGACUCCUAUUGGCUGAAAUGGGGAUGUUCCAGGCUCUGGUCAUUGAGUUGCGAAAAAAAGAAUGUUUAAAGAUGACACAGUUAAAGCAGUGGAGACUUCUGUAAGACAUGGAUAGAUGCAAACAUGUUGGGCGGCUACGACUCGCCCAGGACCAUUCUAUCCUGAAUCCCCAGAAGUGGCACUGCAAGGACUGCAACACCACGGAGUCUAUAUGGGCUUGUCUGAAAUGCUCCCACGUGGCCUGUGGAAGAUACAUUGAGGAACAUGCACUUAAACACUUUGAAGAGACCAAGCAUCCCUUGGCUAUGGAAGUUAAUGAUCUGUAUGUGUUUUGUUACCUUUGUGAAGACUAUGUCUUGAAUGAUAAUCCUGAGGGUGAUUUGAAAUUGUUAAGAAGCUCUCUGUCUGCUAUUAGAAGUCAGAAGCAUGAUCCAUCAGCAAGAAGUGGGAGGACAUUGCGAUCAAUGGCUUUGGGGGAGGAUGUGUAUAGCCAUCAAAGGACCCCUCAGGGACAGCCUCAGAUGCUCACUGCUCUCUGGCACAGGCGCCAAUCUUUGCUAGCAAAAGCACUGCGGACCUGGUUUGAUAAGAGUUCUAGAGGCCGGCUAAAACUAGAACAAAAGAAACAAAUGGAGGAACUGGAGAGAAAGAAGGAAGCAGCCAGGCAGAGGCGGCAAGAGAUGAAACGGCGACUUUUGGAGGAACUGGCAAACACUCCUCCUAGAAAGAGUGCGAGACUUCUGUCUCACGUUCACAGAGAGAAUCUGAUUCCAAGGAAGUUUAGAGAGAUGGCAGCAAGUUCCCCUACCUCAAGGCGAGUGCAGAGCAGCAGAUUCAGACAGUUUUAUUCCAUCCGGCGUAAGCCCCUAAUGACUCCUGGUGUGACUGGCUUAAGGAAUCUGGGAAACACAUGCUACAUGAACUCAAUCCUUCAAGUGCUAAGUCACCUCCAGAAGUUCAGAGAAUGUUUUUUGACACUUGACCUCUGUGAAACUGAAGAACUCUUAGCCAAAACCGUGAAUGGAAAGGCUAGAAUGUCUGGCAAGUUGGCAAAUGGAUCUGCUGCUAACGAGUCAGGGAGGAAUGAUAAAAUGGGGUCAUAUGGCAGGCAAAGCUUGCCAGCUGGCUUAAACGGUGGGUCCUCAAUAAGCAGGAGUUUAGAACUAAUACAGCCCAAGGAACCGAGUUCAAAGCACAUUUCUCUCUGUCAUGAACUGCACACCCUCUUCAGAGUCAUGUGGUCUGGGAAGUGGGCAUUAGUGUCUCCAUUUGCCAUGCUGCACUCCGUGUGGAGUUUGAUUCCAGCAUUUCGAGGUUACGAUCAGCAGGACGCUCAGGAAUUUCUCUGUGAGCUGUUGGACAAAGUGCAGCAGGAGCUGGAGUCGGAAGGAACGAAGCGCCGGAUCCUCAUCCCUUUCUCACAGAGGAAGCUCACCAAGCAGGUCCUGAAGGUGGUGAACACCAUUUUUCACGGGCAGCUGCUCAGUCAGGUCACCUGCAUAACAUGCAACUACAAAUCCAACACCAUUGAGCCCUUCUGGGAUCUUUCCCUGGAAUUCCCUGAACGCUAUCACUCUAUUGAGAAAGGGAUUGUCCCCGUUAACCAGACAGAGUGCAUGCUGACAGAAAUGUUGGCCAAGUUCACAGAAACAGAAGCUCUGGAAGGGAGGAUAUAUGCGUGUGACCAGUGCAACAGCAAACGACGGAAGUCUUCUCCUAAACCUCUUGUUCUGAGUGAAGCUAAAAAGCAGUUAAUGAUCUACAGACUACCUCAGGUCCUCCGGCUGCACCUUAAACGAUUCAGGUGGUCUGGACGUAAUCACCGUGAGAAGAUUGGGGUCCAUGUCCUCUUUGACCAGGUAUUAAACAUGGAACCUUACUGCUGCAGGGACUCUCUCUCCUCUCUUGACAAAGAGACCUUUGUCUAUGACCUCUCCGCUGUGGUGAUGCAUCAUGGUAAAGGGUUUGGCUCAGGACACUACACAGCAUAUUGCUACAACACAGAGGGAGGUUUUUGGGUCCACUGCAAUGAUUCCAAACUGAAUGUAUGUAGUGUGGAGGAGGUGUGCAAAACCCAGGCCUACAUUCUUUUUUACACUCAAAGAACAGUGCAGGGCAAAGCAGGAAUCUCAGAAACACAACUCCAAGCUCAGGUGCCGUCCAAAAACAGCGAUAAGGACAGAAGACUGACAUUCCCAUGAUGGGAAGCAUUAAUAACUCAACUGACUCUCUCAGUUUUUUUAAACCAUUGGUGUUCACACAUCAUUCCUCUUUGUAGGAAUAAAGGCUUACUGCAGGAACAGAUCAAAUCACCACGUUUGCCACCCCAGGGUCCAGAAAAAUGUGCAUCAGGCUGUGCAAUUCCAUCAUAUAAAAUUGUGGUCAGAAUCUUUUUUUUUUUUUUUUUUUUUUUUUAAUUGGUAAAACUCACUUUCCUCAAAACAGCCACAGAUGCCUAAUAUUCAUCUUAUUUCAAACAGAAAUUAAAUUAAGCAUGUAAAAGUAAGUACAACCCAUUUGUUCAACCAGAAUAUAAACCUAUCAAACAACUGACUCCCAAAUUCGCUAGUAAUUAAUACUGAUUACAAAAAAAAUCUCCAGAAAAAAGAGGUACAGUAGAAUCUCAUUUAAGCUUCAUUCCCUUGUUGUCAAUUAUAUUCUCUGGUGUGAAUCACUUACCCAAUCCCUUCCCACCUGUGUUUAUCUGAAUGACUUCAAUUUCCCCAAAAUAUCUUGAAUAGGUGGAGUUGUACUUUUCCAAAAGGCAUUCUUGCUGGAGAGCCUUCUAAAGCCCUUUGCCCUAGGAAAACGUUCCACCAGGCCUUACAUUGUCUGUAACAGUGUUGAAAACAUUUUGAAAACAGAUUAGUGCAGAUAGGACAACACCAGUAGAGGAAGGGACUAGCAACGGAUCAUUUUCUUAGUAUUGACAGGGCCUAAAUAUAGCAUUGGUACACCACAUGGCAGCAUUUUUCUUUAACUGGACUGAAUGGACUUGGACUAAAUUGAUCAUACACAAUGUGAUCAAUGUGGUUCUGCUCUGGAGAGAGAUCAUGUAAAAGUGAAACCUUCUGAUUGAUCAGAUCUGCCCCCUGUACAUGUUCAGAAUCCUGUCUGCAGACAUUAGCAGCAAAAAUAAGGGUGAGUUGUUUUUUACUCCUGUUAAAGUGCCAACACAGCGAUAGGGGAGUGGGCUGGAUUUUGUUUCUUUUUGUGCAUAAAUAGAAUUGCUUACUAAAUUCCAAUCUGUUACACUUCUGCAAGUUUGAAGACAAUGAGAUUGCAUAGAUAUUAUGGAGGGUAGAAUUUGGCCAGCCACAUCUUUAUUUCAAGUGAUAGCUUGGCUCUCAAAUCCCACUUUGAGUUUGCAGAGCUGCAGACUUAUAAAAACAUCUUUAUACUUGCAAUCUGAGCUUGAUAUAGAAAUCACUGAAACACAGCAACCAUAGGACCUCACGGUACCAUUUUUAGUCCCUUUUCGCAGUAGAACCACACUUCAAACAUUUAUUUAGUUUGAGGAUUGUGCUGUCCAUGUUCAAUUUUAGAGAUCAGACCUGAGAGUUUGAAAGAGGUUCUCUUGUUCCCUGUGCAGUCAGUCUUGUUUGGUGGAGAUGGCUAAGGUGGAAACAAUUUAAAAAUCCAGUAUUCCAGUGGGACAUUUUAAACCUCAGAAAUUUAAACUUAGAAUCCAGGUAAAAAGUCCUGAAAUCAUUGGUUUUCCUUCUUUCCCUAUUUCCUUUUAUUCUUGUCAGCAUUUGCCCAUCGUACAUAAACUAAUUGGCAGAGCCAGCCCAUCCUAUUGUUCUAGAGGGUGGGAUAAAUUUCCUGAAGUAAUACCCUCUUGCCAUUGCCGCUGUCGUGACAAUUAACCUCCUGUCUUAAGAGCAAAACAGACUCUCUUCUCAGGUUGUUGUUAAUCACUCUCAACUAUCCAGAAGGGAGGGAGGGAGCACUACGGCAGGGCAGGCAACCAAUUCCUUUCCUGUCACCAGAGCAAAGACUGAGCGUGUCACCUCAAGGAGACACUGGUCUUCAUUGUCCUGGGGAGUGGGAGUUGCUCGGGAAUCCAUGUUUCCUGUAUGUCUGAGCAACAUGUUGCUUUGGAGACCACAAAAAUCGCCUGGUUUUGUUGUGCUAGUAACUGUAAUUUCAAAAUUCUACCGUUUUACUCACUGGAAGCAAAGCAAUGUGAGGCAGUCCCAUAGGUGCUAAUGAAAUUGUGUGUGUUUUUUUUUUUUUUUUUUAAGCCUUAUCUGUAACUAGGCUUGGAAGGAAUUGAUUUUUAUUUCUUAUGAAUUCUGACAGGUAUUUGUUUAUUUCCUACGUGUAGGUACUGAUUUUUGGGGGGGCAAUUCAAGGAAAUAAAAACAAACCCCAUAGCUAGUAACUCUUCAAAAUGUAAUGGGCCAAAUUAAGACAGAAUGUAAGCCGAUUCAACUCCACUGAAUUCACUGCAGUCCAAAUUUGGCCCAGGGAAUGUAAAAGUUGAGCUCCGUAAGCUUUUGAAACAAAAUCAUGCAGUUGUGAUUAUCAAAUAUUUAUAAGCAUGAUUGGUUCUUUGCUAAUACAAAAAGUACAUAAUUAUUCGUCCAAACAAUAUUUGAAAGAAAAAAGUAGAGAAGAGAAAGCUGAAGCGUUAAAAUACCUUUUUUAAUCUUUUUUUUGGGGUGGAGGGAGAAAUUGAUAUUUUGCAAAGCACUGCUUAUCCUUCCAAGCCUAUCAAUACUUUUAAGAUGAAAUUGGAUCUGUUAUUUAACAGAAAGUAGAUUAUUUGCUUUUAAACUGCAGUCACAGUUUACCAUGACUGAUGACCAUAAUGGCAAAUUUACUUUCUGAAAACUCCUGCCAUGGUAACCCUGUUAUAUAAAAGUCUAUGAUAUAAAGGCAAACCACAAUGCAACAUUACAAUUGUUACUGCAGUGAGCCUAGACUUAUCACUAUGAAUGCUCAUCUUUUGACUGAGUGUGUUGCAUUAAUAUUUGAAUUCAGGUAGUAAUACAGUUGUCACUUGAAUUGAGUAGCUUGCAGAGAGGGAAGGGAGGCUGGAAGGAGGGUGUACAUUUAGCCAUCAAUGUAUCAGAUUUCCCAAGCAGAUUUGUAGCAUUUGCUGUUGACAUCUUUGGAGAUUAGUGGCCUCUCCAUAUGACAUUAACCCAGUAGUGCUGAGAUGUGGUGAAAUUGCAGUCAGAAAAAAUGACUUACCCUGGUAGGGAAGGAAAUAAUUAUACUUUAAAUUAAACUUGCUUUUUCCAACACUGUGAGGUUUCUGUAAUAUUUAGCUUUGAUUUGGAAGCGAUAGCGUAUAGCAUUUUUUAUGCUGUUUGGUUUAUAUUUGUCUACUGCAGGCUUCUUCAUAUAAGCAUCGCCCAAUGCUCCUGCUGCGCUGAACACUGUUUUAUAGUGUCCUGGUUGCCAGAAAUUCUGAUUGGAAGUUACGUGUCUAGGUCAAUAAGGUGAAGAUGUUACUUGCAAUUACAGUGAAGUCCACUUAAGUGAAUGCUUGACAAAAGUGUAACCUAUAAAAUAAACGUUGUCCCUCCUUAAUCCUAUGAGUCAAAUUAUGCUCAGACACUGGCAUAUAUUUAGAGUCGCUCAGCUGAAGUCAAUUGAAUUACUCCCGAUUUAGGUCCCUAUGCUGCAAACACAUAACAUAUGGGAGCUGCCUGAAUCAUGCAAGUAGUCCCAUUUACUUUAAUAAGACUACUCAUGUGAGUAGUUAUGUACAUGCUAAGUGUUGGCAGAAUCAGCUCCUUAAAUUGGUGUAAUUAAGAGCAGAAUUUGGUCCUGUAUGUGUAGCUAAAAUUCUUCAGUUUAAAAAAGAAAAAAUUGUUGGAGCAGGCUAAUAUCUCAAUUCUUUUUUUAAAUGACCGGCCGAAUAAGCAAUGAUGCCUGUUCCGUACCAGUGGAUUAGCUUGAUGGAAACCCUUUGCAAGAGGUCGCUGCUGCAUAUGCAAAAACAAAGAUGUCGAUGACCAAAUUUGUAGGGCUCUGGAGCAGCAACUAAUGCUAGCCUUAAACCUUAGAGUGCUACAGUAGAUGAAAAAUAAUUGUCACUAUUUUUUCUGUCCUACCUUUGCUCCUGUGGCUUUCUAGGAGCCCGAUCCUGUCAGGUGAAUAGAGCCUCCUGAGAGGCUUGUUGUGCUGAGCAACUGCCAAUGGGAGUUGAACGUGAUUGGCACCUUACAGGAUAGGACUCUAGAACCAGAGGAAGCUGCUGUAAAUUAAUGAAUUACUUAUACUCGUAUGUAUGUGCAACCUGAAAUAUGGAGGCACCACCAGCACCUCCUCAAUAUAUUUAAAUCUUAAGUAAACCAGCUUUAUUUCACUUAGUUUUUUAAAUAUGAAAAUCUUAAAAUGUACAACUUCAUGGUCAGGUUAAGUCCCAAGGUCUGCUAAGGUAGUUGGAAAACAUUGUUUUAGGCUAACUUCACCACUAGCAAGUUAAUUACAACUACUUCCCAGUACGUUACGCUCUUACUGCCUGCACUGCCAAGUUAAACUAUGCACUGGGCGAAGAGGAGUUUCAAUGCAAAAUACUGAAAGCUGACAAAGUUUUUUGUAGUCUACUGACUACAUGAACUCUAGUUUGAUAACUUCAAACAUUGUCACAGGUGAGGCAGUAGAUGGAAUAAUGCAUAUUAAACAGUCUGGGACUGAGCUGUCAUAUUGGAAUUGUUCCUUCCGGGUGACAGGACCACCUCCACACAGUUAAGAACUUCCAGACAUCUUUAGUGUAGAAAUAAAAUUGGAAAUGGUAAAAAUGUUAAAUGUGUCCUAUGGACUCGUAAGCAGAGAUUAUUUUUGUUUUUAAAAGCCAAGGCUUCUAGUAUAAAUAGUCUCUCUGCCAUACAGAAGCUCUGUUUCUGAUAGAAUAUGCUUAGUUACCUCCCAGUGAGAGAGACAAGCAAGUGGGUGUUGGCUGCCAUCAAAAUACCCCAGCAUAAAAUGGGAGCGGUCGACAGUAUUACAGAAUGAAAAAUUUGAA